AUGAUGAAGAAAAUCCAGAUCUGCCUCUGCUUCAUCGUUGUCUCUGGCAUCUUGUAUGAGAUAUCCCUGCUGUCUGGCUGCAUCUUUUCUUUUAUCCCCCUGUCCAAGCACUUCCUGACACCUGAGCAGGUUCUGAGCCUUGGCAAAAGCAUCUUCUUUUUGGAGACCACAGAGCGCCUGGAGCCGCCUCCGCUGGUUUCCUGCUCCGUGGAGUCUGCUGCCAGGAUUUACCCCGACAGGCCCGUUAUCCUCUUCAUGAAAGGGCUUAACAACGAGACGGCGUUGGACUCCAAUUCCAGCUACGCCGCCUUCUCGCUCUUAUCCUCUAUGAGCAACGUCUUCAUUUUCCCCCUGCAGAUGGAGAUCCUCUUCGAGAACACCCCUCUGCUCCAAUGGUACAAGGAGGUAAACCCAGAGCAGGAGAAGAACUGGGUUCAUAUCAGCUCGGAUGCCAGCAGACUGGCGCUCAUUUGGAAAUAUGGGGGGAUCUACAUGGACACGGACGUCAUCUCCAUCCGGCCUAUUCCCGAGGCAAGUUUCCUGGCGGCGCAGAAAUCCCAGUUCUCCAGCAAUGGGAUUUUUGGCUUUCCUUCCUAUCACAAAUUUGUUUGGGACUGCAUGAAUAAUUUUGUUCUGAAGUACAAUGGGAGAAUCUGGGGCAACCAGGGACCUUUUCUAAUGACAAGGAUGCUAAAAGCCAUUUGUAAUCUCACGGAUUUUGUCGGCCUUGAGGACCACAGAUGCCACAACAUCUCUUUCUUGAACCCUCAACGUUUCUACCCUAUCCCAUACCCAGCCUGGAAAAAGUACUAUGAGGUGUGGAACAAAGACCCUAAUUUCAACCACUCCUAUGCGUUGCACUUGUGGAACUUCAUGAACCGUAACCAGAAAGUGGUGGUGGCAGGGAGCAACACGCUGGCAGAAAAGCUGUACAAGACCUACUGCCCCACGACGUACAGGGAUUUGAUCCAAGGGGCCACAAGAGAGACUUGGAGCAGCAAAGAGACGGUGCUGGAUGGGACGUAG